AUGCCACAGCCUACAGUACCUGCCAAACGACCGGUUGAUGACAGUGACGACCCAGACUAUACCAGCGAAGAUUUCUCGGAUCCAAAGCCUCACACCAGGAGGAAGACGAGGCAAAGACUACCAGCAAACAAGACCAAGCCCAAUAUGAUUAUUGAUAGGCACUUGGACACCCGCGAGUCCGACUCUACAAGUGAGAUCGAUGUUGAUAGUGAUCCAGAUGCCGGGGACAUCACAGCCGAUGGCGAAAUAACACCAUAUACCCCACGACGCAGAAUGAGACGAUCAGGUCUUUACCGGCGCACGUCUAUGCAGUCUCCUUCAAAGCACUCAACAGCAGCUGCCACCCAAGGCCCCAUCGACAGGGGCGUCUCAGAUGCAGUUAGACCUGAGGCAAAUGAGAACAUUGAUCGAUGUGUCCCUCCCGCGCCGCCGGCCAAACAAAGCGAACGUCUUCACAAUUCCAGCAAGGGUCUAAUGAAAUUACGGUCAAGGCCUUCGAAUCCGGGGCCUUCAAUUCCAUCCGCCCAGCGACAAUCUUGUCCCUUGGUUCUAAAGCUUCCAAUGCCUGAACCCAGGAAGGGUCGAUCUCAGGUAGCAACACACUCGCCCGCCGUCCAGACUCAACCAGACAGAAGUAUGGCGGAAGAAACAGUCAACCGGUUAAACGCCAUCCGGCGAAAGUGGGACUCAUCCGUCGGUCCAUCCUCAAACCGCACUAUAUCAGUGGAAAUACCUCCCCUCUCUCGCACUCAGCCCGAUUCUGCAUCUGCUUCGGAUACCUCGACUUCUAGCACCGAAGAUUCCCCCGCAGUGUCAUCGUCCCUCACCGGUACUACCGAACCUAUCAUACACCAAAGACAUGGGCAGGAAAGUAUCACUGCCGCAUCUGAGCCGGCUGAAAGAGGGGAUGAUUAUGCUCAACCUCCAACACCAGAAACUGGCGCCGGAAACACCAUUAGCAAAUCCACAACCCCGACCGCGUCAGCCGUGGGUGCAGUAGAGCCUGGGACAGAAACAGAUGAUGUUGCCGCGGGUUAUCGGUGCCCAGACCCAGCCGCUGAACCGAAUCGAUAUCGCUUCUACAGCGAAUUAAGAUCUAGACUUGCACGAGAAGCUGCCAGGCAUUCAGGAUCCCUAGCUGAGAGGGCACAACUAUUAGCAAGAAACACCUGCAUUGCGCAAAUAUCGGCAGAUUCGUACGCGGCACAGGCGGGAGCAUUGGCUGUCGAGAUUAAAGGGCUCGAAGCUCGCAGGAAAGAUGAGAUUGCUGAUUUCACCCGACAUAUAGAUGAUCUUAACAAGAUGGUAGACCGGUACGAGUGCCAGAUCGAGAAGCUCAAAAGAGAUGCCGUCGAUCCUAGGACAAUACAUGAGCUGAAGGCCACGUUAGAAAAGCGUGACGAGGAGCUCCGUGUCCAGAAUGCCCGGGCUGAGGCCCUCCUGCAAGGAGUUACAGAGCGCGAUAUUCACAUAAGCGACCUUGAACAGGGCAUAGAAACCCUCAGCAGGCAGGUCAAAGAGCGUGAUAACCGUAUUGAGGAGUUCAAAUCGCUUACCGGUAGUAUGGAUCUCAACCAGAUGGUGGAGAUGGUUUCAAAGAUUCAGAAAUGGGGAGUUGUUGAUAAUUCAAAUACUUCGGCUUCAUAG